CAACGAAGAAGACAACACGUGUUUCCUGUUCUGGUUCCCUGCGGUGAAGGGAGAGAUUCUUGGUUUUAUCGUGCAGACAAACUUGUGUCAAAAUGGUCCGUAAGUUGAAGUUUCACGAGGAGAAGCUGCUGAAGAAGGUGGACUUCAUCAACUGGGAGGUGGACAACAACCUGCACGAGGUCAAAGUGCUGCGGAGGUUUCGCAUCGAGAGGAGGGAGGACUACAUGAAGUACAACAAGCUGAGCCGUAACAUAAGAGAUUUGGCCCAGAAAAUCCGCGAUCUUGAUGAGAAAGACGGCUUCAGAGCACAGAGCUCCCACCAGCUCCUGGAGAAACUGUACAGCAUAGGCCUGAUCCCCACCAAGCAGAACCUGGCACUCACAGAAAAAGUCACAGCUUCCUCAUUCUGCAGGAGGAGACUGCCCAGCAUCAUGUUGAAUCUUCGCAUGGCUCAGAACCUCAAGUCAGCAAUCACCUUCAUCGAACAAGGACACGUGCGCGUGGGUCCGGAGAUCGUCACAGACCCGGCAUUUCUAGUCACAAGAAAUAUGGAAGAUUUUGUCACCUGGGUGGACUCCUCCAAGAUCAAGCAGCAUGUCAUGAAUUACAAUGAUGAGAGGGACGACUUUGAUCUGGUGGUGUAGCUUUGUCGUCCUCUGGUCCACCCAUCAACGCUGCAGAGCCGGACAGGAAUGUGAGGUCUUUGUAAAGGAACUCAAUUCAAGACUUAACACUUACACACCAUCAACCAGUCGUUUGUAAUUAUAUUGUAGUAAUUUAAGUAGACGUGAAGUCAACAUUUGUAAACUAGCAGUUCACCCAGUGUCUUUCGAUUUCUUCAAGAUGCGCACCUGGGAUCUGCUCUGUUGACAGUGUUGUCUAGGGGAAAUACACUCUGAAUCUGUGCGUUAUAAGAGUUGGUGUUGGGAACACCAGCGUAGAGGAGGAUGAAAAAUCUAUGGCCACUUUGACAUUACAUGGUAUCUGCUCUACUCACUUUUGGUACAAGUUACUUCUCUGGAUUUUGUUUCCAUUGCGCAUUGUACCCCGUCACAGCGAACCCUUAUCAGUCCCAUGCGGGUGUGUUGACUAGUUAGAUUAUCUACUACAAUACAAAUUUCACAAGUCUUGCUGUUUGUAUUUCCUGGGUUAAGGCAGCGACCAGUAGGGCUCUGCUGUUUAGCUUCUCUCUGUCCUGAUCCGCAGAAUUUUAUGUUUUAUUUUAGUAUCUGCUCAGCUCACUUGGAACCUAGAGGUUGGUGUUUCUAAGAACAGUAUCUGGUACCAGAUACUAUCCCAAACUUUUGCCUGAUGGAAGACCAAAAAAGCGUGUAGAACCGAGAUGCCAUGUGAUGGAAAAGGGCGCUGUGGUCCAGUGGGCAAGGGGUACAGGGCCUGUGGGAUGCUGGGUAACACACAGUAACAGUUUUAAACUGUUGCCACCGAGAUGUUGGCACAUCCUUCUCUCAUGUUUUGCCGUUGACACAGUUCAGUGGUGCAGUGGAGGGCGAGAACUCUGAUUCAGUGGUGUAGUCAACUUUUCCAGUAGAGCCACUCAUGGCCAAUAACGCAAACUGUUUCUGCUUCAUCAUAUAACGUUGUUGUUGUUGUACAUAAUGUGUUUUCUGUGUGAGCAUGAGCUGACUUAAUACUGUCAGUAUGUAUGUGUGUGACAGGGAAAAUGCUUGUAUAAGAUUAUUUUCAACCUUGAGGCUCACAGUGUUUGUGAUAUUGAUUUAAGAAAAGAAAAAAACAGCAUUGUGUCAUGCACAGAGAUGUAAUACAGAGCCUGAGACUUUGGUCAAUAUAUUCUUAUUUUGAAGAAGACUUUAAGAUUGUGAACAUUUUGUAAACAAUAAACAACAUUUUUUUUGCCACA